UAAGCAGAAAAAUUUCUUUAAUUCCUAGUUAAAAUAAACAUUUCUUUCAAUUAAUUUGUUUAAAUGUUUGAAUUAGUCUAUUCGCAAUAUUAAAUUGAAAACAUUUCCGAAACAACAAUGAAGAACACUUGUCAUUAGGAAGUGUUCCAAGCAAAGAUGGUGACACUAAAUUUAACCCUCUUGCUACGCAGAAGUUUAAUCACGAUCAAUUAUCGUUGUUUGUCGAACAAAAUGCCUGGACAAUUGGAAGAAAUUCAAGCGAAACGCGCUACAUUUGGAAUGGGAUGCUUCUGGGCCGGUGAUUCUCUAUUUGGUGUUUUACCUGGCGUGAUCAGGACCUGCGUAGGUUACGCUGGAGGUCAAAAGGACUCUCCAACUUAUAGGAACAUCGGAGAUCAUACAGAAGUCGUUGAUGUCGAGUACGACCCAAACGUUAUAUCCUUUGGACAAUUACUCGCUCUGUUUUGGCAGAACCAUGAAUAUGGUCUAACUACAAAGAUCAAGAGACAGGUAAAUCUCGUUAAGUACAUGUCUUUGAUUUUAUACCACGACGAGGAGCAAAGAUUAUUAGCUGAGAAAUCACGGGAACAAGAGCAACGAAAACGUACAGAUAUGAUUCUCACGGAAGUUCGAAAAUUUGAAAAGUUUUAUCCGGCCGAAGAUUAUCAUCAAAAAUAUCGGCUACGAAAUCAUCCAUGGCUACUCGAAACUACCGGCCUCACUAGCGACGAAAUUCUUCGAAAUUCACCAUUAGCCGCCAAGUUAAAUGGUUACAUAGCUGGUGCUGGAACAUUGGACCAAUUUAAUAAUGAUUUACCGAAUCUUGGAUUAAGCGAGAAAGCUGUACAGUAUUUACAGAAAUAUGUGAUUGAUAAUCAAGGAAGCGGUUUAUACUGCUAGCUAAUAUUAUCACGUAUGAAUAAUUGAGAAUUGUUCGUAUGUAGUGAAUAUGAAAUGCGCUCUAUUUCUUCGUGAAGAAGAAACGUCAAAGUCUGACGAAAGACUUGUUAAUACGAUUCAAUUACUGGCUAAACGAUUUGAACAACGUGAACAAGUCUUCAGCAUGAUUUUAGAUAAUAAUUUACGUGCGACAGAUAUCUUUCGUUAGUAUUACAUUUCUUCUUUUUGCAUUACUUUUAUCGUAGCUGUUUAAGUUUUACCAACAGGAUAUUCAUUAUGCUGUUUUUCGGUAGGUGACGAAUUCAUGACACAAUCGUUUAUUUGUGCCUCUGUAAUAUCGAAUAUUUUAUUUAAAAGAAAAAACAAUUAAAAUGAAGUUUUGCAUUAAGAUAGGCUGUGAAAGAUAUACAUGUGUAUAUACUUAACUCUUUUUGCAAUGAUUUCUUUGAUCGCUCCGUACAUUCUAUAGAUUUCAUAACGUUAUCAUGAUGUCGUUUAUUAUUAAAAAAUAUGAAGCAUGCAAAUUAGACAAACACGAUUUUUUGUUAAACACUCUAAGUCGUACAUCUUCUACUAAAAUUAAUAGUACAAAGAAUAUAUUUUUUUUACUAUCUAUGAAAAAAUAUUAUCAUCGAAUAUUUAUUAUUAACAAUUUUAUUGGCCAUAAACAAUAAAAAAAGAGGUACAUACAAUAUAAUUUGGGACAACUGCGCACGCGUAUACACUAUUUGGCCACUUAUAGUAUUUGCGUUAAAUAUACUUGUAAUUUGUUUA